AUGGACCGCAGGGCGCCGGUGGACUCACAGGAUCGAACUCUAACAAUUUCCAGAUAUGUCUAUGAUUACUGCACCUCAAUCACAUUGUCCACAAGUCGUCGAGAAGGAGAUGAGCGAAUCAAUGCAAAUGAAACGGUCAACCCGAAUCGCGUCACGGGAGCUGACUUCGUUGGGCAUGAAAUGUAUCAGAAAGUAGAAGAAUACGUUAGCGCGUACGUCACCGCUGUUCGCGAAAAAGGAGCCGAACUUUCUGGAGAGGAUCUCCUCAAGUUUUACACAACGGAGUGGGAAAACUUUCGAAUCUCCUCAAAAGUGAUGGAUGGAAUUUUCGCUUAUCUGAACCGCCACUGGAUUCGAAGAGAACUCGACGAAGGCCAUGAAAACAUUUUUAUGGUCUACACACUGGCCUUGGUCGUCUGGAAGCGUAACUUGUUCAACGAACUCAGAGACAAGGUUAUCGACGCGAUGCUCGAGCUCAUUCGAGCUGAAAGAACUGGAUCCACUAUCACAAGUCGAUACAUUUCUGGAGUUGUUGAGUGUCUUGUCGAAUUGGGAAUCGACGAUACAGAAGGAGAGAAUAAGAAAAACGCUGAAGCAAAGAAGUUGAUGGUCUACAAAGAAUGCUUCGAAGCCCGAUUUCUGGAAGCCACUCGCGAGUUUUAUGCACAAGAAGCUGCCAAUUUCCUUGGUAACGAAGGCACUGUGACCGACUACAUGAUCAAGGUUGAGACUCGGCUUCAGCAGGAAGAUGACAGAUGUGCUCUCUACCUUAACUCAUCUACGAAACAAACACUCGCAGGAUGCGUUGAAUCUGUUCUGAUUGCCAAUCAGCUCGAGUUCUUCCAAAGCCAUUUUGGGCACCUUUUAGUGGAGAAGCAAGACGACGAUCUGUCCAGGAUGUUCAAGUUGUGCGACAGAGUUCCAAAUGGGCUGGAUCAACUGAGACUUUCUCUUGAAAGACACAUCACUAAAGAAGGACACGACGCUUUGGAACGAGUCGCUCAGGAGGCCAGUAAUGAUGCCAAGUUGUAUGUGAAGACGCUGCUGGAAGUUCACCAAAGAUAUCAAGUACUCGUCAAUCGAUCGUUCAAGAACGAGCCUGGGUUCAUGCAGUCUCUCGAUAAGGCUGCCACCGCUUUCAUUAAUGCGAACGCUGUGACCAGUCGUGCUCCACCAAAUGCUCAAUUGACGAAAUCUGCCGAACUUCUAGCCAGAUAUUGCGAUCAACUUCUCAGAAAGAGCUCAAAGAAUCCAGAUGAAGCUGAACUUGAAGAUCUUCUCACCAAAGUCAUGAUCGUAUUCAAAUACAUUGAAGAUAAGGACGUGUUUUCCAAGUUCUAUACCAAGAUGUUCAGUAAAAGACUCAUCACAGAUCUAUCUGCAAGUGAUGAGUCUGAAGCCAGUUUCAUUUCAAAGCUCAAAAGCAUGUGUGGAUACGAGUACACGGCUCGUUUGUCGAAAAUGGUCAACGAUACACAAGUCAGCAAGGAUCUGACCGCAGAAUUCAAAGAGAAGAAGUCGCACCUGCUCGGGGAGAAGCCAAUUGAGUUCAAUGUGCUCGUUCUCAGCUCUGGAUCCUGGCCAACGUUCCCGAACAGUACUCUGACGCUCCCACAUCAGCUCUCAAGCACCAUUGACGUCUUCGGUCAAUAUUAUAAUGAGAAAUUCAACGGUCGUCGUUUAACAUGGGUUUACUCUCAAUCUCGCGGAGAGGUGACGUCAUCAGCGUUCUCAAAGAAAUACGUAUUCACUAAUAUUUGGCAAAACUUGAAAUAUGCCGAUUUCCAGGUCACAACUGCUCAAAUGUGUACACUUCUCUUGUUCAACGAGCAAGCCAGCUUCACCGUUCAACAAAUCUCCGAAGCUACCGGACUGGAAGGAAAGACUUGUGCCGGCAUCGCUGGAUCCCUCAUCAAAAAUCUAGUUUUGAAGUCCGAUGCGCCUCUAGAAGGUGAAGAGAUUCCAAUGACUGCUGCCGUCAGUUUGAAUAAUUCCUACACCAACAAAAAAGUUCGUGUGGAUUUGUCCAAGAUGAGCUUGAAACAAGAGGCAGUUCGCGAUACUGAAGUCGUUCAGAAGAAUGCUGAGGAAGACAGAAAGAGCUUGAUUAGCGCAUGUAUCGUGAGAAUCAUGAAGACCCGCAAACGUGUUCCUCAUACCCAACUGAUGAGUGAGGUCAUCACUCAGCUGACAGGAAGAUUCAAGCCAAAGGUUGACGUUAUCAAGAGAUGUAUUGGUUCCCUCAUUGAAAAAGAGUACAUGCUUCGGGUAGAAGGACAAAAGGAUGUAUAUGAUUACAUGGCUUAG